CACCCCUUUGUGACUGCUGGUUACUUGUUCGAUUCAAGACUUGUCGUUUCAUUUUGUUCAGAACUCCGGUAGGGAUCAUUCCAUGCGCAUAACGUUUUGAGCGACACGUUCCACCUGGACGGCAGACAAGGAAGCUUCUAAGCGGACCUGUAACGAUACAAACAGAGCUCCAAGUAGAUCGGUCCAAAGCACCUUCAGACGUUUUCCGAACAGGAAACAGGAACAAUCCCAAGCCACCCUUGGAUUUCGAGCAUCAGCUGUGUGAGGCCACCAUAACAGUUCUAUUUCCAGCUUCAGGUAUCUUCAGGUUGUGUCAGCCUUCCAAGGCCCAUCUUCCCAAUGCCACUUCGGACUGGUGGGAAUGGCAAGGAGAACUGCCCCACGAAGAUGGUGGAGCCACGUCCGAAGGUUUCAGCGAAGGAUCUACGGCGGCCCUUGAACGAGCGAAAUGCCACUGGCGAGGUGGCGAGUGAGAAGAGCGUGGUGGAGAAGAGUGCCCUUGUCCGACGGACGCAGAAGGCGACUGUCACAGGUGAUUCGCGUGCCCAGCGUACUCCACGGGUCGACCCGUGGCAGGAGGUUCGAGCUGCACAGGCAGAGGCUGAAGCCUUGGAGGUGGAGCUCCAGAGUUUGGCCGCGGAGUCCGAGUCCUUAGAGGCACAGUUGGCCUCCGCGGAGGCCCGCGAGGCGGAGGCUGAACAGCAGCUCACCAGCCAGUCUGCAGCCAUGCUCUCCGAGUGCGACGUUACUUCCGUCAGUAGCGGGGAAGUGUCUGUACGUUACACCGGGUGUGGCUCAAGAAUAGCCCAAUUUCCCACUCGUGAAUGGAACUUACGCCUCAACUUUGAGGGUUUUACCUGGCUUUGAUGGUUUUCGAGCCACAUAGAUCUUCUUUUGGACUGUGUUUACCUGCCAAUGCUUCGCCCUGUCGCCUAUUCGGUGUUUUACAUGGCUGAGUUACUUGGGAGACUCAGUGGACGGACCUCAGGCAAAUGACGAGGUUUGAUUGGGACUAUAGGGCCAUGGACCAAGACUGGGUACAGGAUGGGUAGAAGUCUGGUGUCUAAAGGUGGGAGUUUUUGGCUGACGUAGAUCACCC